AUGUGGGCGGCCAAUCUGAUUGUGGUCACACUGAUGCUCCUGCAUCUGGCAACCCUGGCGCUCAGCUGUUCUUGCGGCAAAGAGGCGAAUUUGGAGUGCGGAUGCACAAAACAUCACUAAAAAUUGGAAAUACUUUGGGAAAUACGAUACAUUUUAUUGUACAUAAAUAGAGAAACACAACUAA